AGAAAUUUUGGGGUGGGGUUUCAAAUCCAUCAAUAACUUCUUCCAUCCUUUCUUUCUUUUGACAAAUUCAAAGUGCCCUUGUAUUAUUAUUAUUAUUUUUUAUUAAUUAUCAUUAUUAUUAUUAUAUGUGAGUGUCGUUGUUAUUACUCAUUUAGUUUUGAGAUUGAUCUGUAUAUAUACACAUACACACACGCUUAUAUAUAUCUUGCAAUUGAAAGAAAGAAAGAGAGUUAAGUGAAAAAAAAAGAAAAGAAGAAGCAGCAGCAGAAAGAUAGUUAAAGUGAAUGACGACGGGGGGAGGGAGAGAGUCGUCGUCUUCGCCGCUGGUUGUUGAUAGGAGCAUCUCGUCAAACACCAUACGACUUGGUCGUGUUCAACCACAAGCGCCUGGUCAUCGCACCGUUUUCUGCAACGAUCGUGAAGCCAAUCACCUCGCCAAAUUCAAGGGAAAUGGUGUAUCAACAACAAAGUACAAUGUUGCUACCUUUUUACCAAAGGGGCUCUAUGAGCAGUUUAGGAGGGUGGCUAACCUAUACUUUCUUACGAUCUCUUGUUUAUCAUUUACACCUGUCAGUCCUGUUAGUCCAAUUACAAAUGUGAUCCCGCUAAGUCUUGUGCUUUUUGUCUCUCUUGUCAAGGAAGCUUUUGAGGACUGGAAGCGUCUCCAAAAUGAUAUGACAAUAAACAAUUCUUCUAUUGAGGUGCUGCAAGAACAAAGGUGGGAAACCAUUCCUUGGAAGAAGCUGCAGGUUGGGGAUGUUGUUAGAGUGCGGCAGGACGGGUUUUUUCCAGCUGAUUUGCUACUCCUUGCAAGUACAAACCCUGAUGGUGUUUGCUAUACCGAGACUGCAAAUCUGGAUGGUGAAACAAACCUUAAAAUUAGGAAAGCUUUGGAGAAGACAUGGGAUUACGUCGCUCCUGAGAAAGCCUCAGAGUUUAAAGGUGAAAUACAAUGUGAACAACCGAACAAUUCCCUCUAUACAUUUACCGGAAAUUUGAUACUCCAAAAGCAAACUUUACCCCUUGGUCCAAAUCAAAUUUUGUUGCGAGGCUGCAGUUUACGUAACACAGAGUACAUUGUUGGGACUGUAAUAUUUACUGGACAUGAGACUAAGGUAAUGAUGAAUGCCAUGAAUGUUCCUUCAAAACGAAGUACGCUAGAGCGGAAACUUGACAAAGUAAUAGCCACGCUUUUUGGUGUUCUUCUCUCCUUGUGUUUGAUUGGGGCCAUUGGCAGUGCUGUAUUCGUAAAUAACAAAUAUCACUACUUGGAGCUCUGGAUUAAUGGGGACUCUCAACAGUUCAAUCCUAGCAACAGAUUUGUGGUUUUUGUUCUUAGUAUCUUUACCCUCAUCACUCUGUAUUCACCGAUCAUUCCAAUAUCUCUUUAUGUUUCUAUUGAGAUGAUCAAAUUCAUCCAGUCAACUAAGUUUAUAAACAAUGACUUACGCAUGUAUCAUAGUGAGACCAAUACCCCUGCAUUAGCACGCACAUCAAAUCUGAACGAGGAACUUGGCCAGGUGGAGUAUAUUUUCUCUGAUAAAACUGGAACUCUGACCAGAAAUUUGAUGGAGUUCUUUAAAUGUUCAAUUGGUGGAGAAAUGUAUGGAACUGGUGUGACUGAAAUAGAAAUGGGAGCUGCAAGGAGGAAUGGUGUUAAUGUUAGGGAGUUGCAGAAACCGUCUCGUACAGCACGUGAAAAGGGUUUUAAUUUUGAUGAUCCCAGGCUUAUGCUUGGUGCUUGGAGGAAUGAACCUAAUCCGGAUAUGUGCAAGGAAUUUUUCAGAUGCCUUGCUAUAUGCCAUACCGUACUCCCCGAAGGUGAAGAGUCCCCAGAAAAACUUCGAUAUCAAGCUGCAUCUCCAGAUGAGGCUGCAUUAGUUACAGCAGCAAAGAACUUUGGCUUCUUCUUCUACAGGCGUACACCUACUACGAUCUAUGUGCGUGAAUCACAUGUUGAAAAAAUGGGGAAAGUUCAAGAUGUGAAAUAUGAAAUUUUGAAUGUUCUUGAGUUUAAUAGUACAAGGAAACGUCAGUCUGUUGUAUGUCGUUACCCAGAUGGAAGGCUUGUACUAUAUUGCAAGGGAGCUGAUACUGUAAUUUAUGAGAGAUUGGCCAGCGGAAAUGAUGAUUUAAAGAAAACUAGCAGGGAGCAGUUGGAGCAAUAUGGAGAAGCUGGAUUGAGAACUCUUUGUUUGGCCUACAGGGAUCUAAGUCCAGACAUGUAUGAAAGUUGGAACGAGAAAUAUAUUCAGUCAAAAUCUUCUUUACGUGACCGUGAAAGAAAAAUGGACGAGGUGGCAGAACUCAUAGAGAAGGAAUUGACUUUGAUCGGAUGCACCGCUAUAGAAGACAAGCUUCAAGAAGGGGUACCGUCCUGCAUAGAAACACUUGCUAGAGCUGGAAUCAAGAUUUGGGUGCUUACAGGGGACAAAUUGGAAACUGCAAUAAAUAUCGCUUAUGCUUGCAAGUUAAUUAACAAUGACAUGAAACAGUUUGUUAUCAGUUCAGAAACUGAUGCGAUCAGAGAGGUUGAAAGCAGAGGUGACCAAGUGGAAAUUGCCCAGUUUUUAAGAGAAACGGUGAAAAAUGAGCUUCACAAGUGCCAUCAAGAAGCACAAAGUAUCAUUCAUGGCUCAACUGGACAGAAGUUGUCCCUUCUGAUAGAUGGGAAGUGUUUGAUGUAUGCUUUAGACCCAAGUUUGCGGUCUACAUUGCUUAGUUUGAGCUUAAGUUGCAAUUCAGUGGUCUGCUGCCGUGUUUCUCCUUUACAGAAAGCACAGGUUACAAGACUGGUGAGAAAAGGUGCGAAUAAGAUAACUCUAAGUAUUGGUGAUGGUGCUAAUGAUGUCGGCAUGAUUCAAGCAGCUCAUGUUGGAGUUGGAAUAAGUGGUCUGGAAGGGAUGCAGGCGGUGAUGGCCAGCGAUUUUGCUAUUGCUCAGUUCCGAUUUCUAACAGAUCUACUCCUUGUGCAUGGACGAUGGUCAUAUAUGAGACUAUGCAAGGUUCAUCUUUAUUUUUCAAUCCUGAAAUUUUACUCUGUUUUUUCUCCGUUCACUUCAUGCACUUGUUUUUUUUUGCUGCAGGUUGUUUCAUACUUCUUUUACAAGAACCUUACGUUCACUUUGACUCAAUUUUGGUACACUUUCCAAACUGGCUACUCUGGUCAACGGUUUUAUGAUGAUUGGUUCCAAUCUCUGUAUAAUGUUAUUUUCACUGCCCUGCCUGUUAUCAUUGUUGGACUGCUUGACAAGGACGUGAGUGCAUCACUUUCAAAGAAGUAUCCACAGUUAUAUAAAGAGGGAAUAGACGAUGCCUUCUUUAAUUGGAAAGUUGUGGGUACUUUAGCUUGCUUUUCAGUUUAUCAAUCGGUUAUUGUAUAUAACUUUGCGAUCGCUUCCAGUACGACUGGUUUAAACUCAGAUGGAAAGGUAUUAGGGCUGUGGGAUAUUAGCACGGCGGCAUUCACAUGUCUUGUGAUAACUGUCAAUUUGCGUCUUCUUAUGAUGUGCAACACAGUUACAAGGUGGCACAGUAUAAGUAUUGGAGGCAGCAUUCUAGCAUGGUUCUUGUUCAUCUUCAUUUACUCUCUUGUUUUUGUAGAUAAGGGGACUUAUUUCACCAUAUACUUACUAAUGAGCACCCCGUACUUCUAUGUGAUAGCCGUUCUUGUUCCCAUUGUUGCACUUCUGUGUGACUUUUUAUACCAGGGGGCUCAGAGAUGGUUCUACCCAUAUGAUUACCAAAUUGUUCAGGAAAUCCACAGACACGAGCCAGAGCCCAUUGGUGCAGGAUUACUGGAGGUUGGGAACCAGCUGACCCCUGAAGAGGAAAGGAGGUAUGCCUUUGCACUACUCCCAAGGGAACGGUCAAGACAUACGGGUUUCGCUUUUGACUCGCCUGGGUAUGAGUCGUUUUUCGCUACACAGCAGGGAGUUACUGCACCUCAGAAGCCUUGGGAUGUCAUUCGACGAGCCAGCAUGAAACCGAAAACUAGGUCACCUCGAGCCAGUAAGUCAUAGGAUUUUGUACACGAAAAGAAGACUACAUUAGAGGAUUAUUGUGUACUUUUUUGGACAGUUUUGGAGGUUUCCUUUUGUAAAUGUUUUUACAAAAUGAUGUAUAAUUAUACAGUAUGUCGGUAGAACCCCCUUUAGUAUAUGAUAGUACCGAUUCAUUGAUUCAUCUAUUGUACUUUUAUAAAAAGUAAGUUGGCUGUA